AAGUUAACACAACAGUUGACUACUGGUUGACUUCACACGUCGUCAGCACCGUCCAUCGUUUGAAGCUCCAGCAAAGUAGGUGACUGAAGAUGGUUUGGGAUGGAGGAAUCGAGCCCAAUGGCACAGAGGGCAAGAACUUCUACAUCCCCAUGUCCAACAGGACAGGGAUCGUUAGAAGUCCCUUUGAAUACCCGCAGUAUUAUAUGGUGGAUCCCAUGAUCUACAAGCUUCUCGCUUUCUACAUGUUCUUCCUGAUCUGCACUGGAACUCCCAUCAAUGGUCUGACAUUGCUGGUAACGGCUCAGAACAAGAAGCUCCGGCAACCUCUCAACUACAUCCUGGUCAACCUGGCUGUGGCUGGACUGAUCAUGUGCGCCUUCGGGUUCACCAUCACCAUCACGUCUGCUAUGAAUGGCUACUUCAUUCUCGGACCCACCUUCUGCGCUAUUGAGGGAUUCAUGGCCACACUUGGAGGUGAAGUUGCCCUCUGGUCACUGGUCGUCCUGGCUGUUGAGAGAUACAUUGUCGUCUGCAAACCCAUGGGAAGCUUCAAGUUCACUGGAACUCAUGCUGCAGCUGGAGUCAUUUUCACCUGGAUCAUGGCUCUGGCUUGUGCUGCACCUCCUCUUUUUGGCUGGUCCAGGUACCUCCCUGAGGGAAUGCAGUGCUCCUGCGGACCCGACUACUACACUCUGGCUCCAGGCUUCAACAACGAAUCAUACGUCAUGUACAUGUUUGUUGUCCACUUCUUCAUUCCAGUCUUCGUCAUUUUCUUCACUUAUGGAAGCCUUGUGCUGACAGUCAAAGCUGCUGCAGCCCAGCAGCAGGAGUCAGAGUCCACCCAGAAGGCUGAGAGGGAAGUGACACGUAUGUGCAUCUUGAUGGUCUUUGGCUUCCUGGUAGCUUGGGUACCAUAUGCUUCUUUCGCUGGUUGGAUCUUCCUGAACAAGGGUGCGGCCUUCACAGCUCUGACAGCAGCUCUCCCUGCCUUCUUUGCAAAGAGCUCUGCUCUGUACAACCCCGUUAUCUAUGUGCUGAUGAACAAGCAGUUCCGUAACUGCAUGCUGACCACUAUUGGAAUGGGCGGCAUGGUGGAGGAUGAGACCUCAGUUUCUACCAGCAAGACAGAAGUAUCUUCUGUGUCUUAAUCAGGAUGACAUCCUCAGAUCUGUGGAUAUUUUCCUUUCUGAUUGUUUCCAGAUUUUAAAAAAGAUACAGAGGGGAAAAAAAGUCUUGAACUUUUGCCAAAUGGAUUCAUGGAUUUGACAAACGGACUCUGGUCCAAACACACUGAGGAAUUCUCUCUCACCUGUUAAUAUGUAUAUGUAAUACAAUGCAUUUGCUCCGGAGAUGAUCAGCAUUUGCGUGUCUCUGUGCUUGAAAGCACAUAUGAGUGUGUGAGUGUGUGUGAAUGAACUGUGACUCACUGUACAGCAUUUGAUGAUGCGAAAAAGACCCUCAUGUCUCAAGUCAGACUAGACCUGCUGAAAUGUGACAACGCAUUGUGCUGUGAAGUGUUAUCACACAUGGGGUAUUUUCAUGUAAUUGUGUGGGGGUGCAUAUGUUUUAACAGUCUACCACUGUUAUCAUUUUCAUUCAUUUCAUAUUUUAUGAAAAAAAAACAAUAUAUGUUUGAGUAGAUAAUAAAAUUAAUG